AUGAAACUCACCACCCCCCUCCUAAACCUCCUCACCCUAACCACCCUCCUCAUCCCCUCCACCUCCGCCCACAAAGACAAGAAGAAAGCCGCCGCAGAACUCAACCGCGACAUGACCGCCCACACCCUCGAAGCCAAAGCCGUAAACUACAUGGUCUUUGUCGAGCCCCUCUGGCACUUUAUGCAGAUGUGGAAGAACCAUGAGGCUACGUAUGGUGUUACGGAUUUGACCUGGGUGACGGAUCAAGCCCGCAAGAAAAUCGACAAGAACUUCAAGCAGGACAUGUACGAUCAAUGCGAGAAGGAAAAGCAUAAACAUAUGUGCCGGAUUGGCGCGAAGCUUUAUUAUGCCGGUGUGAGAGUUAUGGGAAGGAGGGAUUUGGUUGAGCCGGAGACGAGCAUGAUGCAUGCGACUGGAAUCGCCCAUGCUACCACCGAGGACACUGCUGCCAUCGCUGCCAUUGCCGUCGACUCCGGUGUUGAGAUUAGUGCUGAAGAGAGGGCUCAGAAGGUGUUUGAGGCUUGGAUUGCGGAGCUGCGAGCGCAUCCUGAGGUGUUGAUAGAGAUGACGGAGAAGGAUUUGGAGAAUGUGGAGGUGGCGCUUGAUGAGGGGAUUAAAGACAUCGAAAAGGGUGAUGAUGUGCAAGAAGAGAUGGCUGCUGUUGGUCUCUGA